AUGUUCCUAUAUGUAAAAGAAGCAUACCGGCGUUGGGUAUGCAGUUCAUUAGUACCACAUUUUGCCAACACAAAUAGUGGCAACAACAGCAGUAGCACAAACAGCAGCAGUAGUAGUAGCAGUACUACAACAAGCACAACAAUGUCAGCGGCGGCCGAUGUAAAAAGAGGUGGUAGUGGCAGCAAUAUCAGCGGUAGUAAUAGUAAAAGUAGAAGCAGCAGUAUUAGUGGUAGUGGAAGCAGGAGUGGACGACGACGCGUCAGGCCUUGUCGCUCCGUGUGUCAGACCGUCGAACAACGGUGCCCAUACAUGUUACCCGGGGACAGAGCCCCGGCACAUCCCACACAAUACGCCGGGGAACCCACCUUCUUAUGUCUUGAUCCAAAUAUACCGGAAACGGGUAAACAAGCAUUAAAAUCAUCACACGGUAGUGAGGACUGUUGCUACACAUAUUGUGAAACGAAAGGAGUAUGCGCUAAGUGUCUAGAUACUGCAACACCAGAUGUAGCCACACUGUAUAAUGAUACAUCGUGGCGCGUGCGUUGUACAACUACACCAAAUGUGCCAGCUGGCGCCACUUCUGCAGCGGGAAGUAGCAAUGAUCAGCGCGCAUCAAAUUGCCCCUCCAAACAACAACAGACAACUGUCGUUGUAGUUGUCACUGCACAACAAGAUCAACCAUCAGAUGAUGAGGAUGAUAUAAUGAAUACGCAUGCGUCAUCUGCUGCUGUUGCCACCUCCUCUUCGACUGCCGCCGUCACAAUGCACGCACAGGCGUAUUAUUUAAAAACAAUUCAAAUUUCAAUAUUCGCGGUGGCAUGGACAGCUAUUGAAUCAUCUGAAUCAUCUACAACAACAUCUAAAACAUAA